UAUCGCGCUAACACGCGAACAGCAUAUUUACGGUGGCGCUGCGUUUCGGUUCACAGGGCGAGAAAACGAAUCUGUAGGCGUGUGAAUAGUCUGUGUGUGUGUCCCGGUUGUUUUUUGUCGUGAAAAAGGUGCGUGUCCGCCGCGUCCCGGUUGCAAUCCGUUGCCGUGCGUGAACUUUUCCGUGUGUGCAAGUAAUUUCCAGCCCGCAGUGUGUGUUCUGGUCGACGGGAAAGAAUGUUUCCAGCAUAAAGACUGUUUGUGUGCGCGUCUGUGUGUGAACCGUGAAUACAGAGAAGAAACAGUUCCUAACGGACAAGUGUGGCAUAGAUAGGCAGGUGUCUAUAUGUGUGAUAACGAUAAGACGAUAAGCAGAGUAUGAAAAUAUGAGUGCAUCAACGCCCACAGCAGCACAACAAACGGCACCCGGUGCCGGUGGACCGCCCGUACCUCCGGUGAAGCCCGUUCUCUCCUCGCCCGGCGCCUACAUGGCCAACUUCCAGUCUGGGUCGGCCGGUUCGACGGUCCCACCAAUCACUGCCGGCAUCCACGGCACGAACAAGACGCACGAGAAGCCGACGAUCGCCGCCCGGCCCAUACCACCUCCGAAGCUGCCAAACUACUCGUCGUCCUUUAACAAGAUCGAUCGCGAUCGCAACGAGUUCACCAAGAUCGACAAAGCGGAACGGGAAAAGGUUAGCCUGUUGGCAACCAAGCGCGAAAUGUUCUUCAAGUCGGAGAGCAACAGUCCGUCCGGGCCGCCUCCAAAUCCACCGGUAGGACUGAACAGUCUCAACCUGGCUAACAACAACGUGAUCCAUAAUAACAGCGCAAACGCAGCCACAACCGACAAACACAGCACGGCGGCAGCGGGGCUCACUAACUCGGCCGGCGCUACUAACAACAGCUCACCGGCCGCGGUGUCGAUUGGCGCAAUGGUCACCAAUAACAAUCACAACGGGCUAAACGGAUCCGUAACCACGAACGGGAGCGGUUUGGCCGGGAACAAUAAUCUCGCCAGCGUCGGUGGUGUGAACGGGCUGACCACGAGCAUGAACAGUGUUUCGCUGAAGGAAAAGCGGGACGCACUGCUAAACCAUCACGACGGCGGUGCCAACGGACACCAUCAUCAUCACCACGCGGAUGCGGCGAGCGCGAAGCUGGCGAACGAACGGCACGAAAAGGAAAAGCCGGUGGUGAAAUCGAAACCGAAAGAGCUGGACGGAUACGUUGGGUUCGCGAACCUGCCCAAUCAGGUGUACCGGAAGGCGGUGAAAAAGGGCUUCGAGCUGACGCUGAUGGUGGUGGGCGAAUCGGGACUGGGCAAAUCGACGCUCAUCAACUCGAUGUUCCUGUCGGACAUUUACCACGCCGAGCAGCAUCCAGGACCGUCGAAGCGCAUCAAAAAGACGGUUGCCGUCGAGAGUACGAAGGUGCUGCUGAAGGAGAACGGUGUCAACCUCACGCUGACCGUGGUCGAUACGCCCGGGUUCGGUGAUGCCGUAGACAACAGCAACUGCUGGCUACCGAUUGUGGACUUUGUUGAAUCGAAGUAUGAGGAGUACUUGACGGCCGAGUCGCGCGUCCACCGAACGGCAUUGCCCGAUUCGCGCGUGCACGUGUGUCUGUACUUUAUCGCCCCGUCCGGGCAUGGGUUGAAACCGCUGGAUAUCGAGUUCAUGCAGCGGCUGUGCGAUAAGGUGAACAUCAUACCAGUCAUUGCCAAGGCGGACACGCUCACCCCGGAGGAAAUUACUCUGUUCAAGAAGCAGAUCCUGAAUGAAAUCGCUCAACACAAGAUCAAAAUCUACGAUUUCCCGGAUCCGAUGGACGAGGAGGAGGAUGCAAAAGUGCUUCGACAGCUUCGUAGCCGCGUACCGUUCGCGGUUGUCGGAGCAAACGCGAUUAUUGAGAUCGAUGGACGCAAAGUUCGUGGACGCCGCUAUCCGUGGGGCGUUGCUGAAGUUGAGAAUCUGGACCAUUGUGAUUUCAUCGCUCUGCGCAAUAUGGUCAUUCGAACGAACCUGCAGGACCUGAAGGAUGUGACAAACAAUGUGCACUACGAAAACUAUCGCUGCCGAAAAUUGGCCGGUCUCGGUACCGAUGGCAAGGCCAAGCUGAGCAAUAACUUAUGCAAUAUUGGAACGGUUAACACAAAUGGUACUGGAUGGAAUCCGCUGGCCCAGAUGGAGGAAGAAAAGCGGGAACACGAGUCGAAGAUGAAAAAGAUGGAAGCCGAAAUGGAGCAAGUGUUUGAGAUGAAGGUGAAGGAGAAGAAGCAAAAGUUGAAGGACUCGGAAGCCGAACUAACCAGACGCCACGAGGAAAGAAAGAAGGCUCUCGAGCUUCAAAUACGCGAGCUGGAGGAUCGCAGGAAGGCUUUCGAGCAGGAAAAAUCGGAAUGGGAACAGCAGAACGGCGUUACGCUUGACGAGCUGCGCCGCAAGAGUCUGGAAGCGAACAGCAAAGAGACCGCGUCUCUUGCAUCAAGAAGUUCCGAUGAGUCGAAGGGCAGGCGCGUGUUCGGAUCGUUGCUGCGACGGCACACUAGCUUCGGAGCGCCGGACGCCGUCCGAGGCGUUACCGGUGCGGCCGGUUCGACUUCCACUCUCACUACUAGCGCUAACAAUAACAGCAGCACGGUGCCACCCAGUCCGCAAGAUCAUAACGAAUCGUAAAAUGCGUGCGGCGGUUGGUUUCGGUUACGGUUUAAUAGAAACCAGACGGAACAGAACAGCAAACAAUCUCCUAGAAACGAGAUCUGACGGGGAAGUGGGUGGGGGUGGAAUGUCCAUACACUUCCCUUUCAUGUGUUUUGUGAGGAUGAUUGUGACCAAAAACCAUCAAAGUUACUGUCUCACACUAUGGCGCAAUGAGAAAAUCACAACCACCACCAUUACUACCACCAGUCUAGGAACUCACUACUGCAAGCAUUACUCAAGUACUAAAAUGCCACUAUUUACUCCUUUUUGCACCCACCACCACCACCACCACCUUACUAUGUAACUUUCAUCCUCCACUGUGCGAUUGUCUGAUAGGUUAAAAAGACGAAGAACCAAAAUCGCCAUCAAUAUUGUAAAGGUAAACCCAUAUCUCGUACUGCAAACGCACCAUUAACCAUUAUAAGCCGGUCACCAAAAGCACUCUUCAAGUCACUCUUCGCUCUAAGCUCUAAUCUGUAUCGGCGCUGUGGAACACGGUUACCGAGUGGUAAGGAAUAAGACCAAGCAACAUGUAGAUCCAAGCUAGUGUAAUCUUUACUCGGGAACAUAUCUGGAACAGGAAAAACUAAAGAGUCGUAAUUUCCAAUUGGUGCUUGCUGUGGGAUUGCUCUAACUAUAACUGUCUAGCAUCAACCAUCGCCAACUAGCAGUAAGCAACUAUGGUGGAGAAGCGAUGUAAUCUUUUUUUAGCGAAUGUACCCAAAUCCCCAAGGAAUGGCAUAAUACGACUAACAAAGCAAGUGGAUCAAUCAUAAUACACACACACGCAAUAGAAUAUGUAGAGUGUUAGGUGGACGCAUUUUACAGAAGGAGGUGCUGAAGGGAAAAGUGAACGCACGAUCAUUAAACCCAUUUCAGUUUUAGUUUAUAAGCUUUUGAGGGCGACGUCCUUCUGAUAGUCAGCACACACGGUGUGAGGGUCCAUCGAUCGUGGUAGUAUUAGGCUUAAGCAUUGAACGUUUUCUUCGGACCAUAUUACAACGCAUUUUCGGGGAGUGGGAUCGGUUUAUGUUUUUUUUAAUGCUAACUGUAUGUGUGCUUUAAUUCGGGAUCAUAUCGCGUGUCAUGUGUGCGUGCGUCCGUCUCUUAUGUGUUUUGCAAUCGUCACUUACUAAUUUUACGCAUUUGGAUUCAGUGCGGAUUAAUACCAAAUCAUAUAAUAACAUCACGGCUAUAUUUAGGACAGGAACAGGAAAGGAGGAGAACAGAAAACAAUGACAACAUAAUAACCAAAACGAUGAAAGAGCGGGCACAUACUGAAACGCUAGCAAAAACGAGAACAAAAUAAAUGAUGAUACAAACGAAAAGUUAAUCAAGUGAUGUGCACAUGAGGCACACUUUGGCCAAUGUUGGGAACCAAUGUGUGGCUAAGAAGCAGACGCGACACCUCUCACUCUCAUAGCUGGCAUUUUGCGUCCAUCUCCUUUCUUUUACUUCAUUCGUCCGACAUUCGACUACUAUUCAUUAACACUCCGGUUCUCCAUCUAUCUGUGUCUGUGGUUUUGUUCUGUUGGACGACGUCUCUCACUGUCUGGAUUGCUCCUAAGGUACUACCAAUAUCAAACGUUUCAUUCUUUCAAUUUCCGCUCCCAGUUAAAUCAAAGCAUCACCACCGACAUUAACACACCGCCACCAUAGCUCCUUUACCUCGCAUACCCCUACUAUCGCUCCCUGUCCUGUAGAACCGUCUCUUUUUUCUCUCUGUCUGAGCUCCUUUGUCCUGUACGCUCCGAUGUUUGUGUUGCAUGUUAUUCAACAUUUGUUUUUCUCACACUGAAAUGAAUUCGCAAAGUUUGGUUUGUUUUGCAUGUACUUUUAAUAUAACACUCUCUCUCUCUCUCUCUGUGUGUGUAUACACUUUUCACUCACUCAAUCUAUUGAAGCAGUUACUCGUUUGACUCGUCUGAGGUCGUCUCGUGUUGUGUUUCAGAUGGCUUAUGGCUUUAUUUUGUUUUGCUGCGUGCUUUCAUGCUACACUUCAACUAGUCUUGUAUGCAUUUUUUUAAGUUGUUGAUCUAUAAAUGAAUAAGUAAAUAUUUCGGACUUGUCCUGGCAUUUAGUAAACAUCAACUCAGAACGGACAGAGCCGCCGGGUACACAACGGUAGUUAGAAUUCCACCUUGUAUCUUGAGAUCCCCAGAAGAACAAAACCAAACACCCCGGCAGAAAUUGUUGGUAGUUUAAUUUCUUUAAAUUCUUGCCCAGCGCCAUGCAGUAGUUAGCUUAGCGGGGCCAGCCAUGCCUUUCAGCUAUAAAACUCUGUGUCCACACUCUUUCCCCUGGGGUGCUCUCUUUUGCCUUUGAAUCGGUUUUCCGUUUGUGUGACUCCUGCAAGGUUGCUCUUCCAAUAUCUCCCAAUAGUUUUCUACUAUAAUGCUGUGCAUAUUCGUUUAUGUUCUGUUCAACCGCCAUUAUUCUCAACCUCUUACCUCCCUGCUCACCGGCUCCUUUUCAGAACUGUGGACGGCAAAGAUAAAGGUAAGAAAAAGAAGGGUCUUUUCUAGAGUUUCGCUCACCGUUAGAGUGUGGUGUAAGGACGGUUGGGAGAAUGUGUGCGCAUACUGCUACUACUACGACAACUACCACUACUGCAACUUCAACCAACCAACCGAUAUGAGGGGGCGAUAAUGUGCGAGGAUCGUGAGGAUCGUGAGGAGCGAUGUUGAGGAAGGACGAGAUGAUGAGACGAUGUGUGCUGGGAAUGCCGGAAGCGCUGGGAUAGCCAGGAUCAAGCAACAGCACCGUUAAGCGGAACCCGUACAAAUGUGAUCGAUAUGCAAUAGUUAGUAACCGACUGGCGCACACAUCUCCUGCUACCGCCAUUACUGUUUACUACUACAGCUCAAACGGCGUCAAACAGUAUCGCAAAUCAAGUAUGCAAGCGAAACAACUACCGGUCAACGUGUAGACGUGUGUUACGUGCAUGCGGUCUUGGUAAGGCUUUUAGAAAGACAGUUAAACGAACUAUCGUAGCAUCACUACUAUUCCCCAACACACAUACACACACACACGUACGAUUCUAUGCUAUAUCGCAUCCUAGCAAUACGAAACACAGCCUCUUGCUCUCUCUCUCUUUCACACCCACUCCUCAUCAUGCUCGAUCAUCAAACAAACGCUCUAUAUCAUAAGAAGUUAGAUAAAACUUUCGCAAAAAGUUGACAAACGAAGAUGAAGAUAUUCUCCUGCGUGCACUCCGAGAGCGGUAUUUUCAGUACGAUCGCACUCGUUGGAAAGAGGACAAAACCAGCUGUUAUACACUCGUGUGUAUGAGCUUGUAUUAAUGCUUAUGGCUAAAACGGACCUAGAUAAGUUUAUAUGUACCGUGUAAAAGCGUGUGAUCGGCUUUAUCGACUUGUGUGUAAUGGGGAAAGAGCUCUAUAUACUCUCUGGUGUAAAGUACUGUUGUAUUAAGACGAAUACUAUAAACGUCGAUCGGAUCGAACCGAUCUCGUUCACAUCAUAUAAUUGUUUGCAACGUAUAUUAAAGCGCUGGUAUGAUAAUUAUUUUUAUGCUGCAAACACGCCGCACCUCUUGGUUUUUCGCUUAAAAGUAGAGUAUAAGAAAUUGCUUCCCGAGCAAUUCCUCACUCCUAGCUCAGUCAAACAUUGAAAAAGAAACCCCCGGCGUAAAAUACGCGUUCAGAAGAUAGAAAAAACGUUAAAUUCCGUGUUGAAAGGAGAGAAACUAAGCAAUUACAAUCGGUGGUCCCACCGAUGAUUUGUGUGAUGGCUAAUCGAAACACCAGAUCGUUACAUCCCCGCGGUGGUGUGUUCCUGGUCGUGGGUGGCCGAUGAACGACAAACACACGCAAUACAACACAAUGCUACAACGGUUUAACAGUUCACACCAAUUGCUCCCCAUGUUUUUCCCUCCCCAACAGCAGAGACACAUAUAUGCCAUAUAUAUAGACAUUUAGAGUAUGUAUAUUUAUUAAAUUAUUUUGUAAGAAAACAUGGCUUAUUUUUUAUACGACGAUACGAGGGUAUUUGUAGACCCGUUUUUUCUUUUAAUAUUUACAAACAACACAGCCAGACAGCAGCAGCAGACAGUGGGAAGCAAAACUAUCCUAAAAGAGAGGAAAGAAAAGGAUAGGGCGGCAUGUGCUGAAGUAGGGAGGAAAGGAGAGGCGCGAGACAGAUUAACCAGUAAGAAAAGGUACAAUCGCGAUAAGAAAGGAAGAGAGACAGAAAACAGAGCAGAAACGAUAUUACGCUAGAGCAGCUAAUAGCAGUAUGAAAAUGUUGUUAAGGAAGGGAUGAGGUAUAUAAACGAAAGAAAGAAAAACCCGCAAAAGGAAAACAAAUCAAUCAAUAGAGGUAGUGUGCGUUAAAUGAAACAGAAGCAGAGCAUAUAGUGCGAGCGUGACCUCGGGCAAGUCGUCGUUCAUCGUAAAUAAAUAGAUGUACAAGAAAUAGGGCUAAUCGCUUAAAGAUUUGUAGCAAGCCAACUGGAAGCAAUUUGAAGAUAACAGCAGCAAGGGCGCAAGCAGAGAAGAAGCAGAACAGAUCCUGUUGAUAGAAGCUCGAUUUCCUUCGAACAUUCGCUAAGUACAACACCAUAUUUGAUAUAAGGCAACACACAACAAACACGACGACACGUACCAAUAGAGAGAGAGAGGGUUAACAGCAGCGAUUUUAAGCUAAUUGUAACGCACGUCCCAUUUUUUGCUUGGAGCACCCCCCACCCGAACGAACCUUUUUUGAUCAUUUACGAUAAUAUUACGAUGCAUUACGAUUGAUGCAACAGUGAACAAACACAGACAUGCAGGAAUUUUACCUUGAUUAGAUAGACAAUGUAAGUAGAGCUUUUUUGACAGCAACAGCUUCACUAGUCGAAGUUUUGUAUUAAACUGUUCAGCACACACACAGACAACGAAAUGUUAGUACGCUCACAGUCAGUCUCGCGAAUUGCGCGGGCUUUCCUUCUCGGUGGCAGGGUUUUCGAUGGCCGCAGUGUCCCGUCUAUAUAGAGGCGUAUUGGCCGAUUUUCCUUGCGAAAUUCUUGCAAUACGGUUGAAAGGAGCUGAUCGGAUGAGGACAGGACUUCCGGCACACCCCGAAAACCAGAACAGCAAAAGAGUGGUCAAAUGAUGCUUUCUUGCCGCAGGAAAGUAUAGUUUCUCAUUUUAGACCGUGUCUCUCUCGGUUUGUGCUGGGGGAGGAGUGUUGUUGGAACGGUAGACUUUUACAAUUACUACUCGUAGGAACGGGGCCUGAUAAAAUCAUUCAACGUUUUUUAAACUCCAUAGCAAACACUAGCGAAACCAGUAAAGUUCUUUAAAAAAAACCCGCUAAAGCGAAUCAUCAGAUCAAACUGUGUCUAGAGCGAUAGAAAACGAAAUGCUUGGAUAUAUAGGUCAGGCGCGCAGGAUUUUAGACGGUGCGAGGGCGAUAAAGAGCCCGGAUCAGAUCGGGUGAGACUGAGAUUUUGAGGUAGUGUGGUUACAGAAUCUUUGGAAAACGGGAUUUGGACAGCGUUUGCCCCCAAAACGGUUUAGAUAUGAACAACAGCAAUCACAACUGUCCCCGCGCUUGUCUUGUUCCCUCUCUUUGUCCUCCCGAUUUUCUUUUUCGUACAUACAUCUUGUCUCUGUUAGUGAGACAUGCUUAUUCAAUUAGUCACGCGGUCUCUGAAUAAAGAGUUAUAAACUUACCAAAUAAGCAUCAGAUAUUGUUGUGAUGAUGGAUCACACACACGCACACACUUUCGGGAGGUUUGUUUCUGUGUGGGGAUCGAUGGUGUGUGUCUCUCUAUCCAUUGCAAAAAUUGAAAAAAAAAGCAAAUAACGUUCCAAUCGGUUCCGUUUGGUGUGGAGAACUUAGAAAGAGGGAAAACAAAAGCAAACGAUAGCAGCAGCAGCAGCACGCGGAAUUCGAAAUAUUCCAACUUGAGUACUCUAAUUGUGUGUUUGAUUUACAUCUUCGAUAAUGAAAACACACACGUAGACAAAGAACGGGGAUAUAUUAUGCUUAAGAAAC